CCAGUUCACCACCUUCACUUCACUUCGCACCGGACCACCGGCCGUAUUCAUUCCUCCUCCCUCCCUCCUCGCCAUACGGCUGCAGCAUCUUCCCCUCACCCUCCUCAUUACCCCGCGUCUCUCCCUCAAAACUACUCAUUGCUCUCACCGUUCCAUUGCCCCCGCGGCCCCGCCGUACGCUCAUUCCCGGCUAGCUCCUCCUCCGCACGGCCAUGAUCUUGAGUUCUUGGCAUUGAUGACGUUCUAGUACCGAGCGAGCCAGCCCCUCUUUAACCCACCUUAACAAUAAACACAGCCUGCCCCCACCGGCCACCUCUUCUUCCCCCGUGCAGCUCGAGCUGAUUCGGCGGGCUCUGCCCCAACAUCCACCCACCUUCGUCCAAUCCCGAUCCAAGACCGUGCCGUGAUCCGGCAGCAGCUUCCGCGCGGCCAUGGGCACGGGCGCGGUGGCGGUGGCGGCGCCGGACCGGGCCAAGCAGCGGCGGGCCGGCGGCCACCUGUGGAAGAAGGCACUGCUCCACUUCUCCCUCUGCUUCGUCAUGGGCUUCUUCACGGGCUUCGCGCCUUCCUCCUCCUCCUCCUGGAAGUCCGCCGCCGCCACCCCCCAGCACCACCCGCCGCACCGUCCCGGGGACCGCCUCGCCGCCUCCCGCGUGGCCGUCGACGCGCGCGCCACCCUGUCGCCGCCCGCGGAGGCCGCCGAUGCGCUCUCCGCCGGCGCCACGGUGGACUUGGGCGACGACGAGGAGGACGCCGCCCAGCGCCGCCUCCUGAUCGUGGUCACCACCACGCGCUCCGGCCCCGGGGAGCGCCGCCGCCGCCGGGGCGAGCUGCUGCGCCUCGCCCACACGCUGCGCCUCGUGCGCCCGCCCGUCGUCUGGGUCGUCGUCGAGCCCGCCGCCGACGCGCCCGCCACCGCUGAGGUGCUCCGCGGCACCGGCGUCAUGUACAGGCACCUCGCCUUCAAGCCCGAGGACAACUUCACCACCGCCGACGCCGAGGCUCACGUGCAGCGGAACGCCGCGCUCGCGCAUGUCGAGAAGCACCGACUCGCCGGCGUCCUGCACUUCGCCGACGCCGCCGGCGUCUACGACGUCGGCUUCUUCGAACAGAUCCGCCAGAUCGAGGCGUUUGGUACAUGGCCUGUGGCAACAAUGUCGGCGGGCGAGAAGAAAGUGGUAGUGGAGGGUCCACUGUGCAGUGCCUCAAAGGUCGUCGGUUGGUUCUCAAGGGACUUCAACGACGGGACCACCCGUUCAGUGACGUAUAACACGGAAGCUGACCUGAAUCCUGCUGGUGCCGCUGGUACACGAGCCCACACGAUCGACGUCUCAGGUUUUGCGUUCAAUAGCUCUAUUUUGUGGGAUCCUGAGCGGUGGGGACGGCCAACGUCAUUACCAGACACUUCACAGGACUCGAUCAAGUUCGUGCAAGAAGUGCUACUUGAAGACCGAGCUAAGCUGAAGGGGAUCCCCUCCGACUGCUCCCAGAUCAUGGUGUGGCAGUACAGCGUGCCCAGCUCGCGAUAGAGGGCAGCCGAGAGGACGCACAAGAGGCGUCGCAACCUCGCAGGCAGGGGAAGAACUGCAGGGGGUUGGAUCGGAGUCGCUGUAAAUGUGGUGGGCGAUGGUAACGGCAAGGAAAGCAAGAAGGCUGAUUACUAAGGGUUCUUUUUCUCUCUCUCUCCUUUUUGUGUUCCCUUUUUCUUUCCCCUCAGUUUUAGUUUUCAGGUUUGGGAGGGGGGCCAUGAAUGAUGAACUGUCCGUGGGAGCAAAAGAAUUGCGAUAGUAUUUAUUCAGAUUCAUUUGUGAUUCUUUAGCCUGGUCGGUUGGUCCUGUUGUGUUUGGGUUAAAAAAAAUGGCAGUGGCGUGAGGAAUGGAG